AGGCGCUCCAAACACACCCUCCCUUUGACUUCUGCCAAAAAAUGACCACAAUGCCGAGACGACUGGAGGUCCAGAGCUCGAUCCUCCCCGGUGGGGACUGCUUUAACAUGUGGCAGGACUACAUGAAUCUGAGCCAAGUGUUCGAGAGACUGUGCAGCAACCGUGAGGUUGAAAACCGAGACACCGAGCGUCCAAAGAAGGGACAAGCGCCCCCCUGGAGUAAGGUCCACACUUCCACUCGGGGGAAGAAAUCCUCCAAAAACUCAUCGCAGUCCAGUCCGACCAGCAGCGCGUCGGACACCAGCAGCAGCGCGUCAUCCUCGGACUACUGCCGCUUCUGCAAGCAGAACGGGGAGACUCCGAGGGUGUACCGAUCUCACAAGCUCAAAUCAGACGACGGGAAAGUUUUCUGCCCCAUCCUCCGGAACUACACCUGCCCUAUCUGCGAAGCCACCGGUGACAGCGCUCACACACGCAGGUACUGCCCGCAGAUGAAGUGGGAGGCGGCUGGGAGGAUGGAGACAGGGGCCAAGUUCUGGUAGCUGUUGAAAACUGCUAGAAACUGUACAUAUUUACCGAACUGCUUGGGGUAUGUGUUCAUGUUGGCAGAGACCGUUUCAGUUCCAAAGACUGUUUCAUGUUUGACUGUCAAACACUCCGCUACAAUCUGCAGCAAGGAGCCCUCAUCCAUCACAUCUGUGGAGCCACGAGCCGGAGCGCUCUCGCUCGCCAGUACGCGCAGGCUCAACGGGAGAAAACUGCGCCAGCUUUGAGGGUAUCCCAAGUUCUGGUAGCUGCUGAAAACUGCGAGAAACUGUACAUAUUUACCGAACUGUUUGGGGUAUGUGUUCAUGUUGGCAGAGACCGUUUCAGUUCCAAAGACUGUUUCAUGUUUGACUGUCAAACACUCCGCUACAAUCUGCAGCAAGGAGCCCUCAUCCAUCACAUCUGGAGCCACGAGCCGGAGCGCUCUCGCUCGCCAGUACGCGCAGGCUCAACGGGAGAAAACUGCGCCAGCUUUGAGGGUAUCCCAAGUUCUGGUAGCUGCUGAAAACUGAAGCUGAGAGAAACUAAAUAUUUACCGAACUGUUUGGGGUGUGUGUUCAUGUUAGCAGAGACCGUUUCAGUUCCAAAAACUGUUUCAUGUUUGACUGUCAAACACUCCGCUGCAGUCUGCAGCAAGGAGCCCAUCCAUCACAUCUGUGGAGCCCCGAGCCGGGGUGAGCGCUCUCAAACCUUGGAAAAAAUUAAA